GGCGCACUUACAGAUCAACUGUUGGAUAGGGUCUACAGAACGGUUCUGCUGAAAUCAAAACGAAGCCCGAGUAUGGGCCUUUCGCUAGCAGAGUAUAUGGCAAGUCCACAAGGUCAGGACAAUUUCCACUUCAUUCCAUCCGGUAGGAAAUAA